CAGAUGGCAGGUAGUGUCUUCAAGCUGGUGUGGCCAGACUUGCUCGUGUACCUCCUGCUGUAUUUUCCUGUUCAUUAAUGUACAGGUUCGGCCUCACUGAUAAUGAUAAAAGGAUCUUCGAGAAAAUCGCCGUGUCCUGUGAAUAUUUCCCGCAACGUCUUCCCAUCUCCUUUGUGUUGGGGUUCUACGUGACCAUUGUGGUGCAGCGGUGGUGGGCUCAGUACAUGCUCAUCCUUGGCCAGAUACCAUAUUGCAUCAUGGUCGCCACUACAUCAGGGCUUAUAUUUGUGGCGCAGGAUGAGCGGGGUCGCCUCCUGAGGAAGUCCUUCGCUCGAUACAUCAACCUGGCCUUCGCCCUCGCUUUCGCUAGGAUCGCUCCCCGUGUCGCUCGCCGCUUUUCUACUUACGACCAAUUUAUUGAAGGAGGGUACAUGACCUCAAAUGAGAAGGAGAUAUUCGAGAUGAUGGACAAACAGACGAGACACCACAAGAUCUGGAUGCCUCUGGUGUGGGCGAGCAUGGUGGCGGCGCAGGCGAGGCGGGAGGGGCGCUGUCCGGACGACUACGGUCUUAAAGCCAUGAUCAAAGAAAUCACCAACUUGCGGUACAACUGUGGCAAGCUUCAAGAAUACCACACCAUGAGUGUACCCCUUGUGUAUACCCAGGUGGUAACUAUGGCAACCUACUCCUACUUUGCAUUUUCCAUCUUGGGCCGACAAUUCCUGGACCCAAAACAAGGCUACGACAACCACAGCAUCGACUUCUACGUGCCUAUCUUCACAUUCCUACAGUUCAUCUUCUACAUGGGGUGGCUCAAGGUGGCUGAGUCGCUCCUCAACCCAUUCGGUGAUGAUGACGAUGAUUUUGACACCAACGACUUCCUGGAUCGCCAUCUUGAGAUCUCAUACAUGAUCGUGGAUGUCAUGCACAAAUCCUACCCGGACGUCCUGACAGAUCCGGCCAAGGAGGACACGAGUUACUUCAACGUCUCCACCACCAGCCCCGUCACCGACACUUACAACAAAGAGAAUCUCACUCAUAAGGCCAAUGUUGUCAACAGAUCCAUCAAGGGUGAGAAGUGUCCCCCUGUUAUUAAGGAUGAGCAAGGGGUGCACAACAAAAUAGUGGUUGAGAAAUCUGAGAGAGACUUCCGUCCCCAGAACAUAUCUCGACUAUGCAGUGAAACUCUGCGACGGACCAGUUACUCGCCAGUAAGACACAACGGCGACGUCCACCACACCCAAUAUGGUGAUAUUCCUGCCUCAGUAUUACGGGGACUCGACAGCUGUGCAGGAUCAGCGGGCAACGUCCCAUCGUCCCCCAUCUUCACAGUCUGCCAGGAAGCCGAGGUCACCGUCCACACCCAGAUAUAACCAGACUGCUGUUACAGUCAGCUCCAGGGACGCCACGACCAGGCUGAGCAUCCCACCCCACGACGACUCUUACUGGCAUGACCACCACGACACCCUCAACCAGGACCUUGGUAUACCCAGACCAAGAC